CACAGCAACUACUUAUUACUGACCAAGAAGAUGAUGACGAUGAGGCAACUAUCAUGACAAAUUUGAUAAACCAGAAGCCAGAUAUUCAACGCGGGUAGCGGGGACUCGCCAUGCAGAAGGGGACUUUAUCCAAGCUUGCGGUGCCUGUGGUUUCAGUCUUGAUUGCAUUUCUGUCAUAUGGAUCACAGCUUCUGUUCCCCCGGAUGGACCCGGGACCAUUGGAUACACAACAAACAUGGUGUUUCAACUUGAUGGUGAUAGGAAUUUGGAUAUCGUAUGCACGUGCCUGCAUAACGAGUCCAGGACAAGUACCGCCCGACUGGAAACCAGUGUCCCCUGACGCUGGCAAACAUCCAGGGCCAAGGAGGCGGUAUUGCCGAAAAUGUAACGCAGUCAAGGCACCUCGAUCGCAUCAUUGCAAGGUGUGCCAACGCUGCAUUCCAAAGAUGGACCAUCAUUGUCCGUGGACUUCGAAUUGCGUAUCUCACUUUACAUUUCCCCAUUUCAUGCGUUUCCUUUGGUAUGCGGUGGCGUCGAUGGCAUAUCUGGAGUACUUGCUCUUUCUGCGAGCCCAGGUCAUAUGGCAGAAUCGCCAUCUCCCGAGUUAUCUCGGCCCCUCGGUGAGCCAGCUUGUGGCUCUCCUCAUCCUCCUUCUUGUCAAUUCGAUCACACUGUUCCUGGUUGGCAUCACAUUCGCCCGAACAGUGUGGGGCCUUGGGGGCAAUGUGACUACAAUUGAGAGUUGGGAGAUUGAACGGCACGAACAACUGCUUCGGCGUGCUCGGGUGCUUGGGGGUUAUUUAGACGGACCAGACGGCGUUCGAGUUGCGAUUGUGCGACAAGAGUUUCCGUACGACAUUGGUAUAUGGAGCAACAUUGUGCAGGGGAUGGGAAGUCGCAAUGUGAUUGCCUGGUUCUGGCCGUUGUCGGCCACUCCACGCACAAAUGGACUUGAAUUUGACGAGAAUGGAUUUGAAGAUGCAGGGAUCACUUGGCCCCCGCCGGAUCCAGACAGGAUGCCUCGGAUGGAACGCGACUACGGACGUGAUGAUGCAUUUGUUUAUUCAGGCAGCAACUUGACCUCAGAACAGGAGAUUCAAGCUUUCAAGCGGAGGCAACAGAAUGAUUAUCAGCAGAGAGCAGACUACUAUGGGAUCCAGCGGCGUCGACCAUUCCACGAAAGAUAUGACCCGGAUUUGAAAGACGCAGUGGACGAGGAGGAAGACGCAGACACUGCGAGCCAAAGUGGAAGUGGAGAAGAGGGAUGGCAAGACACAGGAGGCAAUCGGCUCAAGGACUUUGGCGUGGACGAGGAUAUUGAGUUUUAUGAUGAAGACGACAUACCCAUCUCCGAAUUGUUGCGACGGCGCCAGGGCUAGUUGUGUUAUUUUGGUCUUGAUUACCUGCAUAUUGUUCGUGAGACUCAAAGCAGCUGGGAGACACUCUGGGGUCGAGGGACCACUGUAUCACUGAUUCAUUGGACUGGCGCAGGGAAGGUCGCUGUGGUUGAUCUGCGCCCGGACAGAGCGCCGGGGAUUCUUUGCACGGUUUGAGCGUGGGGGUAAAUGGAGGGGGUGACUGACCCAUUAACCCCACGUUCGCCACAGUGCCGGUAACCGUGAGAGGCUUGUUGUACAUGAGAUGAUUCGUCGGGACGCAGGAAUUUGACCCUCUAAGAGUGUUGCUUUGGAACUUCAGCUGCCACGGCAUUGUAGCAAUGUGACACAGGGUCAUGAUUGAGAGUCAUGUGGGUGUCCAUUUUGAGGGAUUUUGAUGUGUAGAAGGGAGAUUGGUUGAGUGACGGUGAGGAGGAAUGUGGGAGAUGGAGGAAAGUACCAUGGGGGUCCUGUGAGGGAAGAGGCAGCAGUGUCUUCAGCGUUUACGUAUGGGUAACAGUUGGCAGGGAUCAUCGGAAGAAACUGGAGAAGCGUCCAAUUCUGCUGGAGCAGUGUCUGUCUGAUUUGUGGAGUUAUAGGGGGGGUUCAAGAAACGGGCACAACCUAUCGAGCUUGGUUAGUCUGGCUGUCUG